AUGGAGAUGACGGAAAAGAUGGCGACGCCGGAGCUGGGCCACCUGACCUCGGCAGACUACGAGCGGGUGUACGAGCCUGCGCACGACACCUUCCUCUUCCUUGACGCGCUGCAGCUCGAUGCACCGUUCCUCCGUGCCCGCCAGCCCCAUCUUUGCCUCGAGGUCGGGUCGGGGAGUGGGUGCGUGGUGAGCUUUCUGGCGAAGGAGGUGCUGCCCGGUCUGCCGACGAGUUUCUUUGCCACCGAUCUCAACCAGCACGCAAUCGAGGCCACCGCGGCUACGGCCCGCGCCAACAACGUGGCGGUCAACUGCGUCUGCACUGAUCUCGUGUCAGGACUAGAGCGCGCCAAGGGGAAGAUCGACGUGCUUCUCUUCAACCCCCCGUAUGUGCCAACAGAGGACGAAGAGGUCGGAAGUAAGGGCAUAGAGGCAGCGUGGGCUGGUGGCGUGGAUGGCCGACGAGUACUCGAUCGACUCCUGCCCCUCAUCCCGGAGCUGAUGUCGCCUCAAGGGUGCUUCUACUUAGUGGUGGUGACAGAGAACAAGCCAGAAGAGGUCAUGGCUCUCCUCGCUAGUUCCGGAUUCUCCUCCAAGUACAUACUUUCGCGGGUCGCCUUCAACGAACACCUCUCCAUCCUUCGAUUCUGGCGAGACUGA